AGUGAAACCCCUCCCUGGGAAGUGUAGUCACCACAGCAUGUCACCUCAGCAGUGAGAGCAGAUGAAGACUUCAAGGAAAGAGGGAGACAACACAGAAGGGGAGAAAGCAGAGGUCAUUGUAUGAGAUAGGACACUACCGAUUCCUGCAUCAGCACAUAGUGUAACCAUUUUUUUCCAAAUCCACUAACUUGACUGGGUACUUUUGAUUUAUUUUUUUUCAACUUGGGCAACUUUGGAAAAAGUUGAGAAGAGAAGAGAAGAGAAGAGAAGAGAAGAGAAGAGAAGAGAAGAGAUCUGGACCAUUUGGCUGUAGAGAGUUCCUUGGUUUUUGUUUUGGUUGUUUUAACUUUCCAUUUACUGAUCUGGACAGUGUUUCCCUCUCCACCAUGGCGGGCAGGUGGAACCUCCUGAUACUGGCUCUGUGCCUCUCUCCCGUAAUGGUCCUGUCAAAAGUAUCCUGUCCCAAAGGAUUUAAUCGUGUGAAAAAAGGAUGCAUUGAUGAUGAUGAAUGUGCUGUUGAUGACGGCGAUACUGGGCGAUGUGGAUCGGAUUCGGUCUGUAUCAACACGAUUGGCAGCUUCUACUGCCAGUGUGUUGAUGGUUUCAGAUCAUCAACACUGACUGUGAAUUUUUCAGCAGAUACAUCUGCAACAUGUAGAGAUAUCAAUGAGUGUUUGGAAAACAAAGACAUCUGUGGACCCAAUGCCAAAUGUAUUAACACAAGUCCACACUAUUCCUGCAUUUGUCCUGAUGGAUUCAUCGCCAUUACUGGAGUGGAAAGCUUUCGUCAGGGUGACAACAUCACAUGUGGAGACACUGACGAAUGUCAACAGGAAAAGGUGUGUGGGCAGAAUGCAAAAUGCAUCAACACCGAAGGCAGUUAUCACUGUGUCUGCAAUGCUGGCUUUGGACUGAAAUCUGGCAAAUCUAAUUUCUCUGGGAAUCAGGAGCAAUGCGAAGACAUUUGUAUGAUUGAUAAGACAAUCUGUGGAAAUGGAACCUGCCACCGUGGAGCCAGCGGCCAUUACUGUACAUGCGACGCAGGGUUCACCAACUAUGGCAACAAUGGGUCUCACUGCACUGCGUUAAACUGUGAUGUAAUCAAAGAUAUGAACAAUCUGACAAAGAAAUAUCCCGGUCCACAUGAUCUCGUGGUGCAGUUGCAAAAGAGCUGUCUGAAAAUUACAGAGAGUGAGAAUCCAACAGAGCUUUAUGGAGAGGACCUACUAAAGAGUCUGUUGUCUGUGAUUGACAAGCUCUUGCUCAGUGGAGCCUUGAAUGAUAACAGGAAAGUCUCAAUCUUUCUGAACGUGGUGGAGAACGCUCUGAGGCUGAUAGGACCCUUCAUACGUACCCCAGAGAAAAAGAUAUCCUCCUCUCACACAGAGCUGGAGCUGCUGGUACGUAAGGGGGCUGACUUACCCCAGGGAGCUGUGACUUUAUCAUCUAAGCAAGCUAAGCUGGACAUCCAGUUGGAGACAGCUGCGGGAGAUCCCUCCUAUUACCCUGGCUAUACAACGCUGUCCUUGCUGAGCUAUGCAAACCUGGAAGACUUUGCAGAUGGCUUCUUCGGUGAGAUGAAACCACAGAAGAACCAAAGCUUUAAGAUCAACUCCAAAGUGGUGACUGUCACCGUCAGUAACAGAAACACAAGCCACCUCAAAGAGCCCAUUAAAUUGACUUUCUACCACCUGAAACAGUCAAAUGAAAAUAGCCACACCUGUGUGUUCUGGAAUUCCUCAGAGGAAGGAGGGUCGUGGUCUGCUCAUGGCUGCAGUGUGCUGGAGUCCAACCCUGGAUACACUGUGUGUUCCUGCACCCAUCUGAGCAGCUUUGCUGUGCUCACGGCACUCUAUGAGAUUGAGGACAAGUUUGAGUUGCAGCUGAUCACCUGGGUGGGUCUGUCCCUUUCUCUAAUUUGCCUGUUCAUCUGCAUCCUGACGUUCUCGUUGAUCCGCUCCAUCCAAAGCCCAAGAACCACCAUCCACCUGCACCUCUGCAUCAGCCUCUUCAUUGCAUCGCUAAUCUUCCUUGCAGGCAUCUCUCGUACAGAGAACCGGGUUGGCUGUGCAGUGGUUGCAGGGCUGCUGCAUUUCUUCUACCUGGCAGCUUUCUGCUGGAUGUGUCUGGAGGGCAUCCAGCUCUUCAGGAUGGUAGUCCUGGUCUUUAACACCCACUUCAAAACCCUGUACAUGAUGGCAGGUGGCUACGGAGUCCCAGCUGUGAUUGUCGCUAUCUCUGCCUUAGCUAAUGCCAAGGGAUAUGGCACUGAGAGACAUUGUUGGUUAAACCUGGAAUUCAUUUGGAGUUUCUUUGGCCCUGCCUGUUCCAUUAUCAUUGUAAACAUCUUCUUCUUUCUCAUCACUGUCUGGAAGUUGGCACAGAAGUUCUCAAGUUUAAACCCUGACCUGGACAAAUUGCAGAAAAUAAAGGCAUUCACUGUUACUGCAGUGGCACAGCUGUGCGUGUUGGGCACCAUGUGGAUCUUUGGAUGUUUCCAGUUUCAGAAGGGAACUAUAGUCAUGACUUACCUGUUCACCAUCUUUAGCAGCCUUCAGGGGGUGAUGCUCUUCAUCAUGCACUGUCUCUUUUCCAAACAGGUUAGGGAAGAAUACGGAAAAGUCCUGUCCAGAUUCUGUGCACCUCAGAAGAAGAGCUACUCAGAGUUCGGCUUCUCCCACUCCAGCAGAGCACAUGCAUCCAAAAGCACCCAGGACACAGGAGAGUCUCACAUUUGAGGAGCUAAACAGUGACUCAGAAGCAAAGUCUGACCUGUUUCCUUAAGGUUACUAUCUCAGAAAUACAGCCAACUACUGCACUCCCAUUUGUGGCCAAUGCACCAGGUUGCUUUACUGCAAAAUACUGUAAAUAGUAUCCAUCCUUACCACGAGCUGGUGUGUGUGUUUUUGAGCUAUAGAAAUGGAACUAUUGAUUGUUAUAAUUUAAUACAGAUGAAGGAUUUCCUUUAAAAUGAGAAAAUGACAUUUGUCAGUGAGUUUUACCAUGAUACAGAUUUUUUUGUCAUCCACUGGAUACCUUGAUAUGUAAGCAAAGCUGUUAACAUGACCAAUGACUAAAGCCCUUAAUGUGCUGUACUUUCAUGCCGACACUUACUUUAUUGGAGAAUUUUUCAAAUGGUAAAUAAUGUAACUCAUUUUAGAAAAAGGAAUCUCCAAAUGUUUUGAUUUUUCAUAUGUGAAAUUGUUUUUAUAGAUUUUUGACCAAAAUAUCAAAAUGAUAGAUUAUAUUAAGAGGACCUGUUUUAUCAGGUACAUCUAGUAUACCUUGUUGUGUCAUCCAGGUACUUAAUUCAACCAACAAAGACAAUCUAAGAGAUACUUUAGGAGGAAAGCACUUUCUUUCAUCCACAGUAUUUAAAUUGUUACCGUAACCAAAAAAACGAGGACAAUUAUGAUACAGAGAUGGAUUUUAAAUGUAAGUUUGCAUAUAUAUUACUGGGUAAUUCAAUAUAUAUUAAUAUUUGACUGCAUUCCUGCUCCCUUCAGCAUGCUGUAACAUCUUUAAUGUCUUUAAAUAUCUGAAAAGAAUUUUUUAUUUACUAAGCUCAAAUGGGCUUCCAAACUUUGAAUUUUCAAAAAUAACUUUUGUUAUUAUUGCCUAUAGAAUAUUAUUAAUGUUGUAAGCACUGGUUUAUCACACAUUUGGAAUUUAUGAUUGAUGCUGUUUGGUCAAAAUAUUCAUCUUUCGUUUUGUAUUUGCAAUUUACCAUUUCUGUUUUUCACAGUGUGAAUUAUUAAUGGUGUGUUAAUCAUUUUUGUGUGUGUGUUUGUGAGUUUUAAUAUUUCUCCUGCCUCUCCUGGAAGCUUUAAACUAAAUAAAU